UUCGCGCUCGAGCAUUUACAGCUUUAUAUUUGUCUUCAUCUGCAUUUACAAGAGCACUGAUCUGCCAUGGGUAACUCGACGUCUUUUUUUCGUCCUUUGAGACUGAAAAAGAAGAACAAAGUGAAGCUGGGAGUAGAGGAGGGAGCGCACGCCGUCGGUGUGGAAAGUUUAUGGAGAUGGAAAACUCUGAAACAUCUAGAAGAGGAUCUCUCUGAGUCCGGCAUGUGUGACGGGGACAUAACAUCGCCCCUUGAUCACAUGGAGCGGGAAUUGAACGAGGGACAUUCUGAGGAGAGCCGACAGAACGAGGAGCUGCAACCUGAAGGAAAGAGCUUGGAGGACUUCAACCUCCUCAGCCUGCUUGGAAGGGGUGGAUACGGGAAGGUUUUUCUCUCUGAACUCAGAGGCACCGAUGAGCUGUAUGCGCUGAAAAUAAUAAAGAAAGACAGGAUUCUGGCAGAUAACACCAUUGACAACACGCUUAUGGAGAGACGCAUCCUGGUUCUGGCCAGCAAAAACCCGUACCUGACACACCUUUUCAGCUGCUUCCAGACCACCCAUUAUUUGUGCUUCGCCAUGGAAUAUGUGAAUGAAGGGAACCUUUCACAUCACAUACCAUGCCCAGGUGGCUUUGACGAACCCCGCUCCCAGUUUUAUGCUGCUGAGAUCUCCUGUGCCCUCAUGUUUCUACACCGCAACGAGAUCGUUCAUCGAGAUGUCAAACCCGAAAACAUCCUCUUGGACGCAGAUGGCCACUGCAAGCUUGCAGACUUUGGCAUAUGCAAAGAGGUCCUUCAAGAUGUCAAGAUGACAUUCUGUGGCUCGGAAAACUACGUGGCGCCUGAGAUGAUACAGGGACAGAAAUGCAGCACAUCGGUGGAUUGGUGGGCCCUGGGUGUGCUCAUGUACGAGAUGCUGACGGGCUGCAGGCCGUUUGACGACGAAGACUGGUUGAAGCUGUGUGAGUCCAUCAUCGAGGAUGAACCGGAGUACCCAUUAAGUCUCAGCAAAAACGCAGUCAGCAUCCUCAAAGCCUUCCUGAAGAAGGACCCCAAGACUCGUCUCGGCUGUGAGAAGUCGCGCUUCAGGAGGAAGGAGGAAGCUAUCAGAGUUCAUCCUUUCUUCAAAACAAUCAACUGGGUGCUUCUGGAGCAGAAGAAGAUUACGCCCCCUUUUAAACCCCUAAUAACAACAAAGACGGACGUGACUAACUUUAAAGAAGAGUUCACCCGUGAGGAGCUCACGCUCUCUCUAGUGAAUAACGCCAUCAUCGAGGACUUCAGCCAAAAGGAGUUUCAAGGCUUCUCCUACAUUAACGCCAUGGAGUAACUGCUGUGAAAGUAACAUGAAUUAGAUCAUGUUAUGGCUAAGAACUCCAAUGCAAAGUCAUUUCCAGCAGAGACUGAUGAGGAGACCAACACCUCACCAAAAUGGAUGGAAAACUUUAGGGGGAGGAGCCACAGUGCCAAAAACAGGUUUCCAAGGGGAUUCGAAGGGGCAUCAAGACUGAGACCAAACUGAAAGUGUAUUCGGCGGGCGUGGUGCCCACCCUCCUCUACGCUUGUGAGACCUGGACUGUCUACAGUCGACAUGCGAAAAAGCUGAACCACUUCCACCUGAAUUAUCUGCGGAAACUGUUGAAGAUAAGAUGGCAGGACAAAGUCCCAGACACCGAUGUCCUUCUACAGUCUAAGAGGACAUGUGUCUUGGUUUGAGUUUUUGUGUGCAUGAUUUGUUGAUUUGAAUUGUACAGUGAUGCACUUGAGAAGAUGGGUCUGAAGAGAAAAGUGACACCAAGUCAGAUCACAAAGAAAUGGGAGAAAGCAGAAGCAGCACUGUGCUGGAUUUUCUGGAGAACGAGGCAGAGAAAGAUGAACGAUCUCGUGCAACGAACGAACUAAUGACCUCCACCAGCAACAGGGUCCUUGACCUCUUUGAAGAAUUAAUAAAAAAAGAUUUAAACAUGAUCCUGGAGUAUUCGUUUUGUUCUGAAAUUGUUUUGUGAGACUUGAUAUUCCUUAAUAGAUGUUUUUAUUCCAAACACACUUGUCAGAUGCGUACCGUUCCGGACCGUGAAGGACGUUAAUAAGAAGUUAUAUUUAUCAUCAAAAUGGUUAAACUCUCCCAAAAGGAUGCCCAGAUGUACGUGUCG